UGCGGCUACCUCCCCUUAGCUACUACCAGGAGCACAUGGUUGCCGCACAAGGCGUCGGAGCGCGCUGGCCACUCCUGCUCCGCCCUUCCCGCUCGGCUACUCCAUGUGUUGCUCUCAGGCGUUCUGCUCCGGCUCACUCCCGUUGGCAUCAGCCCGGCUGGCGGAUCUCUCGCUGGCUGCUGAGGAGGAGAGGAGCCCAGCAGGCAGGAGGGGAAACCCCGGAGGAGAAGAGACGCCGCGCCUCCUUCAUACCGGGAGUAACUCGCGGCGGGAGCGGAGUAGGAGAGGCGGGGGAGGGCGGGGGGAGUGGAUGUGCCUGAGGUUACAAAAAGAGGCAUUGCACGCCUGCAAAGAGAGCCGGCAGUUGGCUCACUUGGGGGGAUCGGAGGAGCCGGAGCAUGUGAGGUCUGCAGAGCCCAGGAGAGAGGGGCGGGCGCGCCCUCCCCGCCAGGUCUGCCUGCCAAAAUGAUCCCUCCCAGCGACGCGGUGGAAGCCAACGUGGGGAAGGUAAACGACAUGGAGCAGCCCGAGCAGCCCCCCUCGCCUGCCUCCACCGCCAGCCAGGAAUCCAAGCUCCAGAAACUGAAACGUUCGCUGUCGUUCAAGACCAAAAGUUUGCGGAGUAAAAGUGCAGAUAAUUUUUUCCAGCGGACAAACAGCGACAUGAAGUUGCAAGUCGACUUGUUGUCGGAGAUCAGUGCCAGAACCGGCCACCUCCCAGCCUCAGAAAGUCAGUCUUCUACUCCAACCAAGAUUCGUAACCAACAGGAAAGCAACAAGACUCACGUUUUCCAGGAACACAUUUUCAAAAAACCUACUUUCUGUGACAUCUGCAACCAUAUGAUUGUCGGGAUGAAUGCCAAACAUGGACUGCGCUGCAAAAACUGUAAGCUGAGCAUUCACCACAAAUGUGCAGAGAGCAUUGGACAGCAACGCUGUAUGGGCAAACUGCCAAAGGGUUUUCGGCGUUACUACAGCUCUCCACUACUCAUCCAUGAGCAGUUUGGCUGCAUCAAAGAAGUCAUGCCUAUUGCUUGUGGCAAUAAGGUCGACCCUGUCUAUGAAACACUUCGCUUUGGAACUUCCUUGGCCCAGAAAACCAAGAAAGGCAGUUCUGGGAGCAGCUCUGACUCACCAAAGAGGAAUUCCACAUCGGAUUUGGCAGAGGUUCCCGAGGAAGGGAAUAGUCCAGGAAGCAUGUGUGAUGUAAACAGGAAACGCAGCAAUAGUGUGUUUACAUACUCAGUAAAUGGUACAGCAGAUUUCGGAGUUGAACCGAAGGACAUAAACUCACUCUUACAGGGAUCUCUUAAUAAAGACACAAUGCAGAUGAAUGCCUAUGUUGCCUUGUACAAAUUUGUACCACAAGAAAAUGAAGAUCUGGAAAUGAGGGCAGGAGAUCGGAUCACAGUUCUGGAGGACUCAAAUGAAGAUUGGUGGAAGGGCAAAAUAGAAGACCGAAUUGGCUUUUUUCCUGCUAAUUUUGUACAAAGAGUACAGCAAGAUGAAAAAGUGUACAGGUGUAUCCGAACAUUUAUUGGAUGCAAAGAGCAGGGACAGAUGACUUUGAAAGAGAACCAAAUCUGUGUGACUUCAGAGCAGGAACGUGAUGGCUUUAUCAAAGUGUGCAGCGGAAAGAAAAAAGGCUUCGUCCCGCUCGACAUCUUAGAAAACAUCUGAUGGUUGCCAACUCAACCACUGGAGUCGUGAUGCUCUGUUGGCAAGAUCUGCCUGCCUCCUCUUGCACUGUGUCGACCCAAUCCAGCCGCCUUGCAGAUAACAAGGAAAUCAUGAGGCAAUGAUCCAUUGAUACCAGACACAUAAGCUGCUGUUGCGUCACAAGAAGAUAAUUGAGAAAUGAAGAACUGGCUCAGGGAAAGGAGCUGAAAAAAUUGUGUGUUGAGCUUUAGGGGAGGGUCGGUUAGCUUUUCAAAGAUUCAACUGGAUGAUUUUUCUGAGCAAAACUGCUUACCAUGACCCUGCUGGACACAGAUGACUAAUGUGAACAAUUCAAUUCCACACCCUGUUCCCGUGUCUUGAGAAAACCAUGUGAGAGUUUUGUUUUUCUCAUUUGAAGUGUGACAGGAUGGGGAAAGGUUCUGACCUCCUCCAUGUGUUCCAGUUUGAGGCUUGAAGUUUAUUGUGUGAGUCUGGUCCUAAAAUGUUGUUGACGGUGUUAGCAAAUGAGACUCCAUGUUUGGGUCUGACAUUUCAGUUCUGUAAGUUAUGCAGCCACCAGUUUGAGGAAACUUGCCAUGGCCUGGACUAAAUUCUUUGUGGAUUCUGAUGUACGUCCUUAGAUUGUACUGAUAUACAAGGCAACAAUUCCAGCACAUUUGGAUGUCAAUGCUGUUAAAGCAGAAGAAACACUGGAUGUUUUUCUGUGCAAGCUUAGUCAGAAACUGCCGGAUCUAUGUGUAAAGAAAAAUACAGAGAGAGCUAGGAACUGGGUUUUAAUGCUAGAGAAAUUUUCGAUUUUUUCCAGUAUCACUAUUUGAGUAGAUUUCAUAUAAAUAUGUAUAUAGCAUGAUCCUGUUUAUAAUGGGUAUCCAAGUUCCUUUCCAAUGAAAAGGCAAAUUACAGAAACAACAAAAAAUAUUGACCAAACAUAUUUAUGAAUGAACGGAACAACUUAAAAAGACAGGAGGUUGGCAAUUCCAUCGGACUGCAGGCCACUAUGGAGUUGGAAAUGUUAAAGCCCACGUUGGCUACAGUGGGAUAAAAUCAAUGGCACUCAAGUCAAAGUUUCUUCUGCAGUUUCAGAUUUUUGGGUUAAAUCCACAAGGCAGCUUGAUUCAAGUCUGCCCGUGUUUCUUCCACCUGCAUCAAAAGGCGAUGGAUUGUUUGUUGAGGCUGUUCAGCAUUUAUUGGGCUCACUAAGAGCUCCACCAUUUUAAACUGCAGCAAGGAACCCUACAGCUUCCAGAUUUUGUUUAUUUUGAGAGCUCUAGUCCCAUGCUCUUUUGUCAACCAAUUAUGCAGCGUUAAAAAUAUUACAGUUCUUAAAUUUACUUCUAAAGACCACUCAGUACUAUACGGAAGGGAAAUAAGCAUGAGAGAAGAGGGGUGCUAUAGUUGGGGGCAGGGAAAAAGUCCCCUACAGAGGUUGCCAUCUAGUUUGGCAUCCAAAUGAGAGCAAAUUUAGAGCAUCCACAUUGUCCGCCUAAAUCCUCCACUGCCCAGAUUUUUCAUGGCUUUUUUGAUUGGCAAUUUAUCGACCGUGGUUUGAUCCAGUCUUUUGGGUCAGGUUGCAGUCAAAAUGUGUCCGCAAACAAGAAGGUGGUAUUUAUGCAAGUCCUGCCUUCGUUGGCACUCUUUCUUUCACACCCACUCCCUGAAGCCAGCGUCCCUCACAUCAGCACUAUGCUUUCCUUUUUUUUAUAGGUUACUGCUGUGUCACUAGAGCGAUUCAGCAAUUACCAAUUUUAAACACUCUCCCCAAAACCUCUCGUUUUAUUGGGGGGAUGGCAGCUGUAGGAGCCUGAGUGAAAGAAAGUACAAUGAAAGCAACCCUGUGGAUACUCUGUUGCUGCUGCAUUCAGAGUGGCCACAGAAGCUACCUGGGCAUUCAUCGCUUUGUGGACACAGCCCUGAGCUCCUUUUGUAUUAAUAGACUGACCUUUGUUCUGACCUACAGCCUCUUCUAGGAAACUGUGUGUGGCCCGUUGAGCUCAACGACUCCUUAGCAGUCUGUGGAAUAAAGUCAGCAGCCUCCUUGCAACCCCUUGCUAUGAGAAACGUCUAGCUGACACUCUUGAGCAGGCAGUAGUCAGCCACAUUCCAAUACCCACAAUGCUGUUCUUCAAUCCUGACAUUUUGCCUUGGGUGCCAAUAUGCUGCCGAAUCCCCGUUUGCGUUCGCUACCUGGAUAGUGCAGAUGGGACAUUCAAAGUCCAUGCUUUGCCUUGAGCAAAAGGGCUGCUAUGUCUAACUCGGACGUGGUUUUUGGAUUCCAGAUCUGCAUCCCACAUCUGCAGUUCCAUCUGCCUGCAUGGACGUCCUGAAUAUGUGCAUGCAUCAUUAGAACCAAGGAUCCUUAGAGUUUCCCAGAGCUGCUGAUUCUGAAGGAUUUUUACCUCUCUCCAGUUACUACUACAUGGGUACCAGUACCAACCAUUCCAUCACUUUUCUAGCUCUCUAACUUGUAAAUAAAGCCACCCUUUAAAAAUACAGUUUCAUAUCAGGGGUGGUAGGAAUGCUGCAAAUCUUUAUUAUAUGGCCUUUUAAUACAAACCAAAAUUAAAAACCAGUUUUGCAAUUCAGUUCAUUUUGCAAAGGGGGACCAGAAAAGUCAGAAAUGAAGAUCCUUCAAAGAAAGAGAGCAGCAGAGAUCUUAUCAACCCAUCCUGCUUUAUAACAUUGCUUUAUUUGAAAUUCAUUGACCUGGCGUUAAAAAAAAAAAUCCUGAAAUGCCUAUUGAAGGUCAAAAUCAGUGCUACAGUUAGUUUCUCUUGUUCAGCAAAGACUAGCUAAAAACUAUACAUCCAUCCAUAUGUGCUACUGUUUACUUGAAUGCAACAUAACUGUGAUUCUGUCCUAUUUCAACUGCUUCUGUUUUGAUUUUUCCUUCAAUCCUGUCUCAUAGGACAAAGCUGAAUUAUUAGUUUCAAUUCACAAUGGCCUUUAAUCAAUGUCUCAUUUCUUUUGAUACUAAGCAAUAAAACAAUGAAGUGAUUUUUAAGAGA